UAAAACCCUCCUCUGGAAGCACCCUGAAGCAGGGCAGGGCAGCGGUGGUGCCGUAGAAGGACUCUGGAAAUAGCUUCGGUGAGAAAGAAUGUUUCCCGUCACAGACUGGUUGUUGGAGAAGCUGGUGCUGGAGAAGACCCUGUUCCGGACGGUGGCGGUCUCCAGCCUGUUGCUUACCCUGCUGGCUUUGCUCCUCCAUCACCUUUCGAAAGCCUUUGGCGUGUGCUAUCGCUUCUAUGUCAACUGCCAGAGACUCCGCUGCUUCCCAGAGCCUCGCCGCCGCAACUGGUUCUUAGGGCACAUGGGCAUGAUUGACCCCACUGAGGAGGGCUUGGUCGAAGUGGCUCACCUGGCAGCCACUUUUCGCCAGACGUUUCUGACAUGGAUGGGGCCCUUCUUGCCAUUCCUCUCCUUGAUCCAUCCUGAUUAUAUCAAGCCUGUUAUAACAGCCUCAGCUGCCAUUGCGCCCAAGGAUGAACUCUUCUAUGGCUUCCUGAAGCCCUGGCUUGGAGAUGGACUACUUCUGAGCAGUGGGAAGAAGUGGGGGAAACACCGGCGCAUGCUCACCCCUGCCUUUCAUUUUGAUAUCCUGAAGCCUUAUAUGAAUAUCUUCAAUCAAAGCACAGACAUCAUGCAUGCAAAGUGGCGCAAGCUGGCCUCCGCCGGGCCUGCCUCCCUUGACAUGUUCGAGCAGAUCAGCCUCAUGACACUAGACAGCUUGCAGAAAUGUGUCUUCAGCUAUAACAGCAACUGCCAGGAGAAGUCAAGUGAUUACAUUGCAGCCAUCUUAGAGCUCAGCUCCCUUGUUGUGCGCCGGCAGCGCAUUCCACUCCAUCAUUUCGACUGGUUCUACUAUUGGACAGCGGACGGCCGCCGCUUCCGGCGUGCAUGUGACACUGUGCACCGUUUCACAGCCAAUGUGAUUCAGCAACGACGAAUAGCACUUGACCGCUUGGGACAAGAUGCUUGGAUAAAAUCAAAGCAGGGGAAAACGGUGGACUUCAUUGAUGUGCUGUUGCUGGCCAAGGAUGAAGACGGGCAUCACUUGUCUGAUGGAGACAUUGCAGCUGAGGCUGAUACCUUCAUGUUUGAGGGCCAUGACACGACUGCAAGUGGCUUGUCCUGGGUGCUGUACAAUCUGGCCCGACACCCUGAGUACCAAGACCAGUGCCGGAAGGAGGUUCAAGAUCUGAUGCAGUGCCGGGACACGGAGGAAAUAGAAUGGGAAGACCUCUCCCAGAUGCCUUUCACCACCAUGUGCAUUAAGGAGAGCUUGCGCCUCCAUCCGCCAGUCACGAUUAUUUCUCGACGCUGCACCGAGGAUGUGAAACUGCCUGAUGGACGGGUGAUCCCCAAAGGGAACGUCUGCCUGGUCAGUAUCUUUGGGACCCAUCAUAAUCCUGCCGUCUGGCCAGAGCCUGAGGUCUACAACCCCUAUCGCUUUGAUCCAGAGACCUUUCAGCACCAGUCCCCUCUGGCCUUUGUGCCCUUCUCUGCCGGACCAAGGAACUGCAUUGGGCAGAACUUCGCCAUGUCAGAGCUGAAGGUGGCCCUGGCCCUGACGUUGCUGCGGUUCGUGGUGCAGCUGGAUGAGGGCCGGCCCGUGAGGCGCAAGCCAGAGCUGAUUCUGCGGGCAGAGAAUGGACUGUGGCUGCAGGUGGAGUCACUGCCGCCUCAGCCUUGAUCAAAAAGCAACACCACCUUCACAAGAUGGGAGUGUCUGGUCUUAGUACUAUAGUCUGUAUUGUAUGUGUAGCAUGCAAAGAGGCUCAGGGCUCUCUGCCUCAAGUAGCAAGUAGCAUGGGGGGGGGGCGCUUUGAGGGUUGCAUUGUGUGGGCAUCUCCCCUCACUCCGCCACUAUGUCUGUCUUGCCAUUGCUGCUUAACCCAGGUUCCUUCCUUGUUGUAAUGAAGAAUACAAAGGCGUUCUAACAAUCGUGCUACAUAAAAAGCUAUGUUUUCACUAUAAAAUGCUGGUUUUUGACAUUGGUUUAGAUCUGCGACUGUACU